CAAUUCGUGUCGCUUCGUUUCAUAGAACAAGUUGAUCGCAACAGAAGCAGCAGCAGCAGCAGCAGAUCGCAGCGCCCAGUUCCAGAUUUUUGUUUGUCUGCGAACAAGCGCAGGGGAAAACGCUCUGCACCCACAACGGCCAGAGACUUGCUAGUGGCUGGAGCGGUACGCGUCGUGCCGUACGCCAACCAGUCCGUGUGUCAAGGUGCUACCGUGCACAAGGUUGUCCCGUGCGCAUACAACGCUCUCCUGUGCAGAUGGUGGAUAGUGAUAUAGAUACCAUCGCAGUUACCAUUGCGCCGACACUCUGAAACGCUGCUCCGAAUACGUCGUUUUGCGGUCGUGAAUCUAGUGUGUGUUAACGUGUUAAGUUUUGUUUUUACACAUAUAUAUAUAGCCAAAUUCGAGUUUAUCUUGGUGUGUUGUUCGGUGUAAACGCUCGCUUAGUAUAAGGACGGGCGAUGUGCGGACACAUCUAACUGUUGACUUCUCUUCGGCUUCUAAUGCACUGUUAACCCUACCGUUACCAUUAUCCAUUCCACACUGCUAACCAGAGUGUGUGUGUGUGCGUGUUGAUGGAUAUCAAGUUAAUGUUCUAACUCAGAUUUUUAACCGUAAACCAUUCAUGUACAAAUAAACGCAACAAUUCCGUGUCUCCUGUCUCUUCUCCGUCACAGCAGCUACAGCCACUCGUCAGUGGUAUCGUGUGCGUGUGUAAAAGGUGUCGCGUUCGGUGUAGAACUCUGGGAUGCACUCCGUGACAGUGAUCCUGUGGCUGUAACGAGACCGUGUAGCGAAUGAGCGUGCAGUGAAUGCGUGUCGUAAGCGAGAGCGGGUGUGUGUUUGUGUGUGUAUGUGUGUGUUUCAUUCGAACGCUGAUUACUGAAUAAAGGUGAAACGCGUGCCGUGUGGUGCGGUGUGGUGCUGUGUGCGUAUGCGAUAGGGGAUGUGAACCGGCGUGUCGCGCGCGUUCAGGUGCGUACGUGGUGUCGAUGUCGAUGUGAAGGCAAACAAAACAAGCGUUCGAUAGUAAGUGUUAUUGCGCUCGUGCAGUGUAUACGGCAAACGCAGCGAACUGUCGCUAUUCGUUCGAAUGUGUUGCAGCGUAUUGUACGCGCUUACGGAAGCUCAUUAGUAACGCGUGGGUGUGUGUGUGUGUGUGUGUUUGUGUGCGUGCGCGCGUUUUGUGAAAUUGUGUAUCGAGUGAAUUACAGUAAGUGAGAACACGUGUAGCAUUGUGGGUUUGAAAAGGUGUUAGAAGAAGAAGAAAAAGUAUAUCCACGCCGUACGGGUCCUCAGGUUAGGGUACACCUGCAGAGCCCGCCAAACCCUUCCCUUUUCCUAUUUCGUUCGCGUAAAUCGACCAUGGGUGACUUUCUGUACUCCGGCUCGGUGCUGGCGAACGAGUCGUGCGUCGCCAACUCGCAGUCGCUGCUCGACACGCUCAGCAUUAACAAUCUGCUGAACAUCAAGCAUCUGGCGUCCGGGGCCGACAUUGGGGACAGUCUGGUCGGCACGAUCGUCGGCGAAUCGUCCUCGUCGUCCUCGUCCGUCUCGAUGGGCGAGCGCACCAAGAGCAAUGGCAAUGCGGGCGGCGGGGCGGCCGUGGGGAGCGCCGGCCCGAAACCGUCCGUCGACGUGGACGGACCGGCCGGGCUGCUGAUGGCGUCGAGCGCGGCUGCCUCGAGCGGUGGCGUCGCCGCCGGCGGCGGCCUAUCCGCCGUCUCGAGCAUCAUCACAACGGCCAUGUCGUCCGACGGCUGUGGCUCGCUGUCGUCCCGGGAGCUUUCGCUCGCCCUCGGGUCGGCCGGUGGGUGUGGCGGGGUGGGCGAGGCGACCGUCACCUCGUCCCUGCUGAACGGGGGCAGCAUUACGUCGCCCUCGAUCGUGAAUCUGGGGCACGGUGGCCUGAGCGCUGGAACUGGCAGCACCAACAACAACAGCAGCACCCCGCACAGCAGUGGCAGCGCCAGUGGCAACAGCAUCAAUGGCAAUGGAGGCCACACGAACCAGAACAGCGCUAACAAUAAUCUGCUGCUGGACGGUACCGGGGCGGCGGAUCCGCUCCAGCUGCAGUCGGUGGCCGAGGAGCUCAGCCUGAAGGCGUCCGAUUUGGGGUGUCUCGGUGUCACGUCCAACCUGAUGAACGGGUCGUCGCACAUUGGCUCCUGUCUGGCACCGAGCGGGCUCGGGUUCGGUAGCACACCGGACCACAGCAGCCCGUGGUCGACCGGGCCGGACGAGACGAGCCAGGGCCAGGGUGGUUCCGGCGGGGGCCACCUCUCGAUGAACGGGCUGGGCGCGUUCCAGAACUUCUCAAGCAAUCUGUACAGUGGUGCCGUGGUGGCGGCUGCUGCCGCUGCAGCCGCUGCAGCAGCUCAGCAGCAGCAACAGCAGCAACAGCAACAGCAACAACAGCAACAGCAGCAGCAACAGCAACAACAGCAGCAGCAACAGCAGCAACAACAUCAACAGCGUCGUGCAAUAACUGCCUCGCAUGGUGGCUUCCCGAACCACGGCCACCACGGCAUCUCGCCGAACGGUCUCUCCGUGCAUGGUAAUGCAAUGUUGCAGCAACAGCAGCAACAACAGCAACAGCAGCAACAAAAUCAGUAUAAAAACUCGUACCCAUCCUGGUCCAACCCGGGCCCUUGGUCGCAGCAACAAUCCACCCAGCAGCAGCAGCAGCAGCAGCAACAGCACCAUCAGCAGCAGGUGCAUCAACAUCAGCAGCAGCAGCAGCAAAGCUCACUGUCCAGCUGGAAUCGGGGCCGUUCCAUGUCGAGCCUGAACCCGUCGGGGCUUGGGCCGAACGGGCUGCACUCGCGCAAACCACCCCACCAGUCCGGCGGCAACCAGUCGCUCUCACCGUACGGCAUCGGCAGCAACAGCAGCCAUCUGCAGCAAUCCCACCACCACCAACAGCAGCAGCAGCAGCAGCAUCCGCAUCAGCAGCAAAGCUUGCAGCAUGCACACCACCAGCAGCAGCAGCAGCAGCAUGCUCACCAUCAGCAUCAGUCGCACCAUCAGUCGAACGCACUGCAACCGCUGCAAUCGAACCUGGCCAACUCGCCCUCGCGCUAUCGGCGCACCAAUACGUCCGUGCCGUUCCCGUCGAAAUCGACCCUAUCGGCACUGGGGGCGGGCGGCGGCGGCGGUUCGGUCGGUGGCUCCGGCGGUGGCAGCAUUGUGGGCGCUGGCGGUGGUGGUGGCAACGGUGGCGGCGGCAGUGGCUCCAUCGGCAUCGGGUCCGGCGGGUUUCCCGGACCGCUCGACGUCGUGUCCGGCAUGGACGAGAACCGCGAUCCGUUCCUGUCGUCGUACCAGGAUCGCACCGGGCUGGGCAACGGUUUGGACAUGCGCUCGCUCGAGCACUGUCUGAGCGACAUCAUGCGAAAUGUGGGCGAAGCAUCGCAGCCGGAUCAUCUGAAAGGAUUUUUAAACUGCAAUACCAACACACUGCAAUCGCUGGCCCAGCUACAUGGAAAGCUUGAUUUCCACGAAUUCAUCCCAGGCAAACCCUUUUUCGCCGGACUGGACGAACACCUGAACGAUGACGAUGGUAGCGGUGGCGGUGGCUUCAUUGGUACCAACCAGCUGCAGCUCAACUCGCCGGCCAGAUCUUCGCCCCACUCGAAUGGCUCGGAGACGACGGAACGGUUCUCCCGGAAAGUGUUCGUCGGCGGUCUGCCACCAGACAUCGAUGAAGAGGAAAUUACCACAUCGUUCAACCAGUACGGAGAUCUCAUCGUCGAUUGGCCGCACAAAGCGGAAUCGAAAUCAUACUUUCCGCCGAAGGGAUACGCUUUUCUGCUGUUUCAGGAGGAGCGCGGCGUGCAGAAGCUGAUCGAAACGUGCGUCCCGGAUGACGACAAGCUCUACAUCACCGUCUCAUCGCCGACGAUCAAGAACAAAGCGGUGCAAAUCCGUCCCUGGCGGCUGGCGGAUGCCGACUUCGUGCUGGACGCCUCGAUGCCGCUCGAUCCGCGCAAAACCGUCUUUGUCGGGGGUGUCCCGAGACCGUUGAAAGCUUAUGAACUGGCCAUGAUAAUGGAUCGCUUGUAUGGUGGUGUAUGCUACGCUGGUAUCGACACCGAUCCGGAACUGAAGUACCCGAAGGGCGCCGGACGUGUUGCGUUCUCGAACCAGCAGAGCUACAUCGCCGCCAUCUCAGCCCGUUUCGUCCAGCUGCAGCAUGGCGACAUCGAUAAACGUGUCGAGGUGAAACCGUACGUUUUGGACGAUCAAAUGUGCGACGAGUGUCACGGCCAGCGGUGCGGUGGAAAGUUUGCGCCUUUCUUCUGCGCCAACGUCACCUGUCUACAGUAUUAUUGCGAGCAGUGCUGGGGUUUAAUUCACUCGCGCGAAGGCCGCGAGUACCAUAAGCCCCUGCCCCGAUCAAUUUCAACUGCAACUGCUAGGACGCCGGCGGCGGCGCGGACGGGUGGUGGAGCUGGCGGCAGUGCCGCCGGUACACUCGGCUGCGCCGCACCGACCGAUAGCCUCCCAUCGCUAUCCACCGGCACUAGCGCCACGACCCUUUCCGCCGGACUCUACUAUGGUAGCAGCGGCAGCGGCCCUAAUGCCGGAUUUGCCGGCUCUGCCAGCUACGUACCACCGCCGCCUUCGUUUCCCUGGGCUGCCAGCACUGCUGGAGCCGGCACCGGCAGCGGAGCGGUUGGCUUUGCCGGCGGACUGUCGUCCAGAACGGCGCGACACCAUCAUCACCACCACCAGCACCAACAGCAGCACCACCAGCAGCAGCAGCAGCAGCUAAGCAGCCGUCCACUGCCCCUGUCAGCAUCGGUGUCCACGCCCGCGUCGGCCCUGUCGCACGUGGCAACACAUGGUGCAGGUGGCACCGGUGGCUCAUAUCACCAUCACCUGCAGUCGCGCUUUAGAGCAGCGGCCAGCGGCAGUGGUGGUGGUGGUGGUGUUGGCAGUGGUGCGUCGGCGCUCGUGUCGCCCACGUCUUCGUCCUCGUUCAAUCGUUGCAGUUCCAUUGAUCAGUACCAUCAUCAUUCAGCGAUGGCCGCGGCCGCCGUGGUCGGCAGUGGCAGUAGCGGCAGCAGCAGCAGCAACAGUAUCGGCGGCCUUAGCACCGUUGCCGGCAUGGCAGGCGUCAAGAAAGAAGACCUUCUUAAGCAACGCCUUGCUAAGCUGCAGUCGAUUACUCCCACCACCGACGGAAGUCCGUAAGAGGUAUGGAUAAGUGUUAGGGGGUAUGCCCCUUCGGCUAUCGGAUUAGGAAAAUACCCUUUCCAACGAUUCCUACCUACUCUAGCAGUUGAAUUUGUGUAUCCUCGCGAGAGGAUGGGGGCAUACGUUACUUAGUUGUAUGUGCAAUUUUCUACUCUGAACUCAAAACAAACCACCUUUUAUAAUCAAACCAGAACUCUCUGAUAUGUAAAAAAAAACACACACACACACAGAUACACAAGCGUUGUUUCUAGCGAUUUUAAAUUAGUUUCGCGUUAAUGCUGGUUUCUUUCAAACCAGAGCAUGCGGUCGACGAAACACGGUAGCCAAAUUCAUUUCAAUAUUUAUACUUUUAAUAGAAUCCGAAUGCAGUGAACUUUGUCGGGGUUUAAAAACAAAACAAAAACAAAUAAUAAAAACGAGCGAGAGAGACACAUCUGUUAACGGAUCAAAACAGAUCGACCGAUCGAUUCAAGGACCUUAGGUCAUUGUUAUGCUGCACCCUGUAAAUAUUGGCAAGGAAACACAUUGUACGGCGGAUACUUUGCUAGGGCUGGACAUUGGCUCAUGACGCAGGUUGCCCUUUUUCGUGCAGAUUCUCACGAAGGUGGCCGAACCCGCUUCACGGGGUCAAAAUCUUUAAAGCAAACCUUCGACAAGAUACACAUCUCCACACAACACCCCCCUACGUCAAGCAGAAGGGUACGAUUUUUGUGAUAAAAAAUAGGGCUACAUUAAUACUAAAGAAAAGUAAUAUUUUUAUAUAGUUAACCAUUUGCAAUACAACCGUAGUGAAAUAUUAGGUCUUAUAAAAAUAAAAAAUAAACAAACAGCGCGCGCCAUCGCAAUGUGCAGAGCAGCAGUAACAGCAGCAAAUAAUGCCUUGAUUUAGGCCGCCAUGUGUUAUCGCUGUCACUAGGCUUUCACGAACCUUUUUGUACCUUUUUGUAGUAGUUGGGGAGAGCAGAACAAAAACAAAAACAGAACAACACGUUGAUGAGCAUCAAAAUUCCCCUGAGCAGCUAGAGAAUGAUCGUACCUAGCCUUGCACGAUCGGGACACAAUUUUCAGACCCGGUGCGGUUAGCACGACUCGUCUAUCUAUUUGGCCCGAAGUAUCUCUCUAGCAUAGUUUUCACCACAAUGACAAAGGACAACGGUAGCAGUUGCCAUAUUCAACCCUGCUGCUGCCGCCCUACAUGAUGUUCUCUUGUUGACAUUUUUUAAAGAACCAAUAAUUGGUAGACUAUUUAAACAAAAACAACAGCAACAAAAACACUGUAAAAAAGCUUGCGAUCCUCCUGAAGCGACGAGAAGGAUCGACACCGUGCAACAAACACUUGGGGGGAAGGGGAGAGAACGAAUUGUCUAUAGUAUUGAUUAGAAGUUGUAGGUACUUACUGAACAAACGUUGUUCGGGCAAAAGCGGAGCAAAGGGAGGGAGGUGUCUGGAUGUGUUUCAUUUCUGUUUUUUUAAUUGCCAUGACUCUCUCCGCCCCCUCCCUCUUUACAGCCAGUUCUCAUAUCUGCAUUGCCUCAGCAAGCCGAGUGAUCAGGCCGAUGGCUUUCUAUAGAUGUGUUUUACGUUAUCCGGUUAGGUUUACGGUUGAAAUCUUGUAGAUGUACUUUUGCAACGACCGCAUGCCAUCAGCUGAGUGGCUAGCAGAAGCUAGAACGAGAAGGUGGAGAGAAACAAACCACCUGUAUUAUAAUAAUGCGCAGGGGUGAAAUAUUCAAACUGCUUGAAAACACAUACAAAACCAAAUUGGCUCGGCAUUCUAUUCGCAGCCGAAAGUCAAAAUCUUUGUACGUUAAACGCAUACCUUUUUCUAUUCAAUUAGUGUAAACGUGCUUUCAACCCCUAUCGAAAAUCAAGCUCACGUUUCAGUGUUUGUGUGCGAGUACGUACCGCGUGUACGUGUGGAAGGCCGCGGAUGCAUAAAAACACAGCUGGCAAAAAAGCAAACGAUCUGAUCUAGAUAAAAAUCGUAUAAACUAAUACAUAAGGAUUGAUAUACAUAAACAUAUAAAAAAGUAUAUAUAUCGUGCGCUUAUAUAGCAGCAGCAUACAUUUAGACUGGUGUAGAUAUAUAGCAAGCGACAUAGAUUUGGAAUGGUGGCGUCAGUCAGGUGGCCAUCGAUUUGUUUACGUUUGUUUUAUAUUUCUGUUCUCAAAAUCAGAGCCACUACACUUGGACCCACAGGUAGCGUAGAUAGUGUAACAAAAGUAAUACUAAAUAAUUGAAAUCUUUUAGCAAUAUUGAACCGCGACCAGCGCUGCUGAUUGUGGAUAAGUAGACUGUAGACACUUUUUUACUGAAAUGUGUGAAACGCGUCACUGUGCGAACAUAGUUUAAUUGCUAGCAUUAUGUUUACGAUUUCUUCAAAGCGACUUGCAUGAUCAUAUCAAUCGUCCUUUGCGGGUAGGAAUUUUGUAAAAUUUCCUGUGUUUUUUUUUUAGAGCGGCCUCUUAUUUCGGUAGACACGCAAGGAAACUAUUCUAGUUAAAACCGUAGCGCCAUCAACCUUUGUUCGACUAUGAAAAGCAAACAAGCAACUUAUCGCGCUGUUUGCUGAUGUGAAUAAUAGUGGGCAACUAAUUAAAACAAUACAGACACACACACAGAUACAUACCAAACACAACCUUACUGGUUGAUUGUAACAUAGCAAACCACCUUAUUGCAAUUCAGACGAUCGCACCGUGUAAUAUACUACUUUUUUCCAGCAAACGAUAUUUGCGCAGUAAAAAGUAGCUGGAGAGCUACCCGCGAACGAAACACUCCAACCCGAUGUUUUGCUCGCGCUCGGCUUAUUUCGAAUAUGAAUAAAAGUGUAAAAGACGUGUUUUUAUAAAACCUUUAAACCUUUAAACCAAAAGAAGUACGCUAAUCAAACCCCCCUGUUAUAUAUCAUGGCUAAAGUAAUGAAAGAUUUACGGGAAAGAGAAUUGUGAAAAAGUGAAUGCCACAGCUCCAUCGUUACACAGCUUUAUAGUUGUCAGCAAAUAGGGACACGGGGGUUAGUGUGUUCGAUUGCUGCGCCUGGUAUUAUUCCUUUAUAAGUAAGAAGGAAGGCACGCUAAAUAAUGACGCUAAGCAUCUAGACGAAUGUACGAACGUGUGCGCCCUAUUCUCCCAGAUUAGGACGCGCGAACGGUAGGAAGGGAGAAAGCACGCAACCGGGAGUAUAUGAUGAUCAGCAGCCAAACUUAAAGUCACCGAAAGUGAAUGUUUUUUUGUCCGCUUGUUCUAAUCAUUUUGUACCGCACUGGUGAUACGCACCCGUGGUUGUGUGCGCAAUAAAUACGCAACUGUGAAUGUAGGUAAACUCUUUGCAUAAAACAGACUUAACGGCAUCAUUAUGUUGAGGAAAUCGCGCGCGCGUGUGUGUGUGUGUGUCUGUGCGUGUUUGUGAGAAUAUACUUGGUGUAUGUAAAACAGUUUUAUAUUUAAUGAUACGCAACAACAACAACAGAAAAACUCUAAAAGACAAAGGUAAUGCUCCUUGCGCUAGACUCUCAUAAAAAAUAAUAAUAAUAGAAAAUUCAACAAAAGUACGUUUUACACGGAGUUUCUUAGCUACUAUCUUUAAAGAACACUAUUUAGCUAGCGAAUAAACUUAAAACCCCCCCACACACACAAAAAACCUUUCUGUAGGCCAGAAAAAGAAACGGGUGGCUGAGUUGCGGGAUACGUUGAAUAUCGAUUUCGUUCGCGCGCUGUCGCUUUAGUUUUAGCAUAAGUUGUUGAAUACGUUUUUAAGGUAGGCCAGUACAAAAAAAUCCGUUUUCUAUGUAGACAAAUCAGUAGAGACACACUACUACUACUACUACUAGUAGUAGCAAGCGCUUGCUCUCCUAGGAUAUAUAUAUUUUUGUACAAGCCCCUCGCCCAUUUUUGCAUCCAGUUACUGUUAGUUCCGGAUUGAGUUUGAGUUCAAUUUAAUUGUUGUAACAUGAUGUAAAUGGAAUGUGUGCGUUAAAUGAGUGCAAACGAUGGUGAGUGGCAAGUGAGCGAAUAAUUUGAAGCAGCUAAUACGAAUUAUGAAGAGAAAAUUAUGAAACAAAAAUGAAAUGGCUGAAUUUGCUUGCGUGUGUGUAAUCAGCCACAGAGGGAAGCGAAUGGCAUAAAGAUGAAAUCAACACAUUUUAACGAAACACGAACGAAUGAGCAUAGUAAAUUGUGCUGUGUAGAACAGAAACAGAGCGAUGCUGAAACAAAACCCAAGGGAAGAAUGAGACACCCCCGUGCUAGCUUCUUACUGCGCGUUAUCAGAACAAUACGUUCUCGAGUGGGCCACAGCUACAGUCUUACCAAACCGUGCACAAAACCGCUCGAUACAGGAGUUUUGGCAACAGCGGGCGCGCUUCGCCUCGAACAGAGAGCGUAACCGAUAUUUCUUCCAUCGUGAACGAAACCGAAAAAAACCGUGCAAAAAUUAACCGAUACAUAACAAACAGCGCAAUGCUUAUGGAUAACCUUUUACCGUAGAACUAUUAAACCGUUAUCGUCCGACGUUCCCCUAUUAAAAAAAAAAAAAACAGUGUAAACAGCAAAACAAAAAGGGGGUAUUCAAAUACUGCUGCUACUGGGAGAAGGGAGCAACGACAAGCGAAUGACUAUUCUAUCCUGUACCACGGCAGCGAGAGCAGCUCUCCCAAAUCACGUAGCGGAGCAGCAGCGUUAGUAUAUUUUUCUAUCCGAUAGUGCUUAAAACAGUAGAUACAUUUUUAAAACUGCUCCCCCCCCCCUAAAGACAAAAGCUAGAACAUGCCAUCCCCACCCCCCGAGAUAUCAAGUGCGUGCGUGCGUGCGUGUACCACCAAACGGAUGCGAGAGAAACACACACGGACACAUAUAGAGAGAGAAAAAACAGAAAAGUUAUUAUAUUUUUGUGCACCAACUUUUCCAAUGCCGCGCCGCGGGACCCAUCCACUCGUACCAGGCCAGGCCCACGGGCCCAUUUGGUACGGUCGGGACCGCCGGCGAUUAAGCGCGACACAUCAAGAAAAUACAACUUCAACGAGGUUUCUAGUAAAAUUCUUCUUAGUGAAAUUAGUGAAAAUCUGGUGAAAAUCAGGUCCUAGACACACGUGCGGGGUUUUGUUCGUGCUGCAGCAAGCAGGUGUAGCUUUCUUAACCGAGCAAACAUUAUAAAAGGACGUUUCGUACCCCGUAAAACAACCUGCGAACGCAUUUUGUUGCGGCGCGGGGGUGAAAAUGCAUACAAAAGUGUUCGUUUGAACCGUUUUCAUUGCACUUGGAAAAUUGUGACUAUUGCGACAAAGGCAUCAUCAGAAAGACAGUGUUAAAUUUAACGUUUUAGUAAAGAGAGGAAGAGAGAGAGAGAGAUAGAGAGAGAGAGAGAGAUAGAGAGAUAGAGAGAGAGAGAGAGAGAGAGAGAGAGAGAGAGAGAGAGAGCCAAGGAAAUUGGAUGAUUUUCUCGCCACGGUUUAGAGAGCUAGUGGGUCACACACACACUCGUACACACAAUUCAAGUACACUUAGUACAAAUUAGCUAAAUUUCUGAAGCAUUAUAUUUCGACGACACACACACACACCCCCACUUUCUUCAUUGCCCCGACCGAUGCCAAGGUGAGCGGAACUGUGCAAUAGAAAGCAAACACAGAAGCAAAGCUGACCAAACCAAAAAAGUGUAUUGUUAAAGAUUUAAGAUUUAGUAGCCCAAAAUCGCAAAUUCGAAAUGACCGCAGAAAGCGAUUAAACGCUAAAGCAAACUAGCUAAACCACACCGCACUAGCGGCUACAAGCCGCCCUGGGCCAAAUACGUUUUGUACGAUAGUAUUCGCUGAUACAGUAUUGAUUUUUAAUGUAAGUGGUUGUUGCGCCAGCUGUCCAAGGCAAACAAAAAUGCUUUAGUAAAAAAUAGUCGGGUUUUUUAUUUUUCCCCCCUCUCCUUUUCCCGUUUUCAAAGGCUGCUCCCACGCGCCCUCGCAUACGUUAAUUGUUGCUUAGUUUUCGUUCGCCUACUAGCGGCCUAGUAUAAGAAAGGAAAACAAAGGGUGGCAAAAAAGGAACCGAUCUAGUCCAAUGUUCAAAGAAUUGGAAAAUUCUUCCAAAGUGCAUGUGCACCGCACUCUGGAGGGGGUAACAAAAACAAAAAACAAGCCUCCCAAGGCAUCUCCCCGCUCAGACACACACACACACACACACACACUCGUAUAGUGGAGACACACACACAUAUGUAUAUUAUAUAUUUUUGUACUACUACUUCGAACUACUACGCCAAAACAAACAAACGUUACAACUUCUCGCGUACCUUUUGCUCGCCGAUUACUGUAUUGCUCACUGGGGAUGGGAAUGAUAAGGUAGCCUGGUUUGAUUGGGCCCGAAUCGAUUGGCGAUGGCUUGUUGUUGUAAAAAAACAUUACCAAAAAUGCGCUCUUUAGCCAUUUAGCCCUCACCCUUUUUUUUUAGUCCGGCUUUAUGCAGCAAAUCCCUUGUUACAAAAUAGUACCAAACUAAAUAGUCCACUGGACAACGAAUUCACCCUUUUUAUUGUUUAAUUUAAAUCCUGCUUUUAAAUGCGAUCUGCUAGGCCAAUUUUUAUUUGGUUCCAUCUUGAUUACCGCUUCCAAUUUGAAGUUGUAUUUUUUCUCACCUCUAUGUAAUAACCAGACCCCACAUGUUACUCUGAAGCAUGUACAGAUAUCCCCAGCGAUGAUAUAAAACCCAAAAAUACAAUACAACAACACAGUAAAACAAAAAGAAAAAGAGAGAGAGAGAAAGAGAGAGAGAGAGGGAGAGAGAGAGAGAGAGAGAGAGAGAGAGAGAGAGAGAGAAAGAGGACGCUUUUAACCCAAACCCAGGCAGGAUAGUAUAAAUAACCGAUGGACGUUCUUCGGUGCAAUGUAGUGUGACACCUGACGGGAGGAGGUGAUGAUUGUUUUAGUGUUGCUAUCGUUUCUCUAUUUUUUGUACUAAUCAAUACCCGAAUCAACGUUAUCUAGUUAAAUGAAGAGCAAACAAAAAACGCCGAAUAAAAAAUCUUUAUCGAGCAAGGUUGAUGUUGUAAUAGGCAAGCAAAGAGAGCAUUUCCACAAACCACACACGCCCACGGUUGGAGCAGAAGCUGUCUUCAGGUUUUGUUCGCUCAAUCUAUAAAAAAGUAGCGAUAGAGAGAAGCGAAAAGAAUAGCACGGAUCGGAACACCCCGGGCUAAGGCCCGCAUCGCAGUACGAUCGUACUAUGACAAAGACAGUAAAAGCGAUACCAAACGCACCCCCUCUCCCCCCUCCUACAUACUCAUAUCUUGCAUUGGCAGCUAUCAUAAAACCCCCUAUCACAGGAUAUAAGAAAAACGAAGAUAAAAUAGAACCAUAUAAACCCGGUUUGUGUGUAAUGUAAGCAAUGGAAAA